GUCCGCUAGUUUAGGGCGAGUGAAAUAUCCGCGGCUUUAUUUAUUUUGCCAUUGCUGUAUUUAACUACUUAUAUUCUGUAAAGAUGGUGUUACCCUUAUUGCAACGGUCCACGCUACGCGGCGUGCAACAGCUGACCAAGCCAUGGGCGAGCGCAACUUGCAGUCUUCGCAUGGCCUCAUCCUCUCAGGAGUUUCGUGUGGAGAGCGACACUUUCGGUGAGCUGAAGGUGCCAGCUGAUAAAUAUUAUGGCGCCCAAACGAUGCGAUCCCAGAUCAACUUUCCCAUUGGCGGACCCACGGAACGCAUGCCCAAACCCGUCGUUCAAGCCAUGGGAAUCUUGAAGAAGGCCGCCGCCGAGGUUAACAAGGAGUUUGGCCUCGAUCAGAAGGUCAGCGAGGCGAUUUCAAAGGCCGCCGAUGAUGUCAUCUCUGGCAAACUGUACGACGAUCACUUUCCCUUGGUCAUCUGGCAGACGGGCUCCGGCACCCAGAGCAACAUGAAUGUCAAUGAGGUGAUUAGCAAUCGCGCCAUUGAGCUGCUGGGCGGCAAACUGGGCUCCAAGACGCCCGUGCAUCCCAACGAUCAUGUGAACAAGUCACAGAGCUCCAACGAUACCUUCCCUACUGCCAUCCACAUUUCGGUUGCCCUCGAGCUGAACAACAAUCUGAAGCCAGCGAUUAAGAUCCUGCACGAUGCACUGGCCGCCAAGUCGAAAGAGUUCAAGGACAUCAUCAAGAUUGGACGCACUCACACCAUGGAUGCGGUUCCACUGACUCUUGGCCAGGAAUUCGGCGGAUAUACCCAGCAAUUGGCCUAUGCUCUGGAACGUAUCGAUGCCUGCCUGCCCCGCGUCUAUGAGUUGGCCUUGGGCGGCACAGCCGUCGGCACUGGCCUCAACACCCGCAAGGGAUUCGCUGAGAAGUGCGCCGCCAAGAUUGCCGAGCUCACAUCCCUGCCCUUUGUGACGGCACCCAACAAAUUCGAGGCGCUGGCUGCUCGGGAUGCGAUGGUUGAGGUCCAUGGCGUGCUGAACACCAUUGCCGUGAGUCUAAUGAAGAUUGCCAAUGAUAUACGCUUCUUGGGCUCGGGACCACGAUGCGGUCUCGGUGAGCUCUCACUGCCAGAGAAUGAGCCAGGCAGCUCCAUUAUGCCGGGCAAGGUGAAUCCCACACAGUGCGAAUCCCUGACCAUGCUGGCAGCUCAGGUGAUGGGCAACCAGGUGGCUGUCACUAUUGGCGGUGCCAAUGGACACUUUGAGCUGAACGUGUUCAAGCCACUGAUUGUAUCCAAUGUGCUGCGCUCCAUUCGCCUGCUCUCCGAUGGCAGCAGAACAUUUACGGCCAACUGCGUCAAUGGCAUCGAGGCGAACAAGGAUCGCAUUGCCAAGAUCAUGAACGAGUCACUGAUGUUGGUGACAGCCCUUAAUCCCCACAUUGGCUACGACAAGGCGGCCAAGAUUGCCAAGACGGCGCACAAGAAUGGCACCACACUCAAGGAGGAGGCCAUCAAUCUGGGUUACCUCACGGAGCAGCAGUUUAACGAUUGGGUCAGACCCGAAGAGAUGCUGGGACCCAAGUAGAGACGACAUCAUCUACGAGCUACAGUCUACAAUCUAAUCUAAGCGAAAAGUCAACAUUUGUUCAAGUGUCAGGAAGGAAUCGAAAUUGAAUUCGUUAGCUUUUCAAUUGGAAUUCAGUCGGACACAAGCUCUCAAAAUAAAAAAAAAUUAACUGCUU